CCUCUUUCUUUCUCCUUUUUUCUCUUUCUCUCUCAUCAAAAUGGAAAAAGCAUAUCAUUUGGUUCAAGAUCGACUAUCUUCUUUGUCUGAAAGCAGAAAAAUAGUUAUCACUAGCAUAACUGCUGCUACAGCAGCAGUUGUCCUUUAUCGUCUUUUCUCAAGAGAGAAAAAGGACCCUUUACUAAAAGAAAUCCCUAUGGCUCGAAACUGUUAUCCGGUUUUAGGCCAUAUGUUAUCGUUAGGUAAACAUCCUGGGCGCACAGUGGAUCAGUGGCAUAAAGAAUUGGGCCCCAUCUUCCAGAUCCGUAUGGGUAUUCAGACUUGGGUGAUGAUUAAUGAUCCUGUCUUGGCUCAUACUGUUUUUUCCAAACAUGGUAUGCAGGUUUCUGACCGAGCUUAUAACAAGUACUGUAUCACGCACUAUGCCAAAGGUGGAAAAGGCGUUGCAUUCGUGCAACCUAGAAAGAAUUGGAAAGAAGCUAGAACUGCAGUACUUUCUGUUCUUUCGCCUAAGCAGAUUGAAACAGUAUACCUUCAUUUGGUUGAAGAAGAAUCGAAACGACUUAUCGAUAAGCUUUUGUUAGAUACAUCAUCACAUGUUUCCGAAGGGAUUGUAGUUAACAAAUAUUUGCACUUGGCAUCCAUGAAUAUUGUCCUUCAGUUAGGAUUUGGUAUGCGCUAUCAAGCUGUGGAAGAUCCAGAAUUCCGGCACCUUUCAGAUACCAUCCUCAAAUCUAUUGAGCUUGGUACACUUGUGAAUGACAUGUCUGGCUUUAUUCCUGCCUUUAAGAUUUUGGAGCAUCUUUCUGGUCAAGAGAAACACAUGAAACAUCAUAUUGAACAAGUGCGCGAUCCUCUUCUUCGUAGAUUGAUGAACGAUGCACUUUGCAGAGAAGGACCCAAUGUCACCAAGAGUUUGGAAGGAUAUGACCUUAGUUCAGAUGAUAAGUUGGUCAUUAUUUCUGAUUUCUUGGCUGGUGGAACAGAUACUGUUUCUGUCACUUUGAGUUGGACCGUAGCCCUUUUGUGUCAUCAUCCAGAGAUUCAACAGCGUGUAGCAGACGAAAUUCAGCAGUUUGUUCGUAAACAUAAUCGUUUCCCUCAGUUUAGUGAUCGUGAUCAAGUUCCUUAUGUCAAUUGUGUCUUGAAAGAAAGCUUGAGAUUUAGACCUGUCACAGCUUUUGGUAUUCCUCAUGCUGUAAAAGAAGAUGUUGUCAUUGAUCAAUACUUGUUUAAAAAGGGUACAUCUGUGAUGACGCCUAUGGAAAGUAUUCAUUGGAAUCCCCAAGUAUACUUUGAGCCUGAACGAUUUUAUCCUGAAAGGUUCAUAAAUGAUACCAAAACAAUGAAUGCAGCAGCUAAUGGUAGACCUGAAGAAAGAGAUCAUUUCAACUUUGGCUGGGGAAGACGCUUAUGUCCUGGUAUCUAUUUGGCUGAGGUAGAGCUUUUUAUCGUUUUUGUUCAGUUGAUAGGACGCUGUAUUGUAGAGCCUCCUACGGAUGAAAAAGGACAAGUCAUAUUGCCAGAUAUUGAUCAUCCUGACAGCAGCCUUACCUUAUCUCCUCGUACUUUUAAAGUCAAGUUUAUAAAACGUCCAUAAUUUGAAUGCAUUA